UGCAGGGGGAGAGCAUGGCCUCGCGCGAGCCACCCGCCACCACCUACCCGCAGCCCGAGGUGCCCACGGGGCUCGCGGUCUUCCUCACCAUCCCCUACGCCUUCUUCCUGCCCGAGCUGAUAUUUGGCUUCUGGGUCUGGAUCUUUGUGGCCGCUACCCAAGUUGCCAACCCAUUGCUGCAAGGAUGGGUGAUGUAUGUGUCCCUCACCUCCUUCAUAAUCUCACUGAUGUUCCUGCUGUCUUACUUGUUGGGAUUUUACAGGAUAUUCGACUCCUGGAAAGUCCUGAAUAGCUUGUACCAGGGCACCACCAGCAUCCUGUACAUGAGUGCAGCCGUCUUACAAGCGCACGCCACCAUCGUCUCUGAGGCGGAAAAUAUCAGUCAUUACUACCUGAACACGGCUGCUACGUUCUUUGCCUUUAUAACCACCCUCCUCUACAUCCUCCACUCCUUCAGCCUCUACUACUACUGAGAGGAGAGAGGCUUUUUCACCGCCUGGAUUAUUGGGUCCCCAAAGUAGCUUUCAAUACUCACCCUCCGGAUGAUCAAAAA